AUGACACAGUAUAAUCAAAUCGCUUGAGACUCUUCCGGAGGAACUUACUUUUCUCGCACUUAGUAAAUAUCCAGUAUUAUCGUUGUGAAUAUCAGCCAAAAUGCGUGCAUUCAGCGUUUGCUUUGUACUGCUGCUGUUCGUGGCUAUGCUGCUUGGCGCUAGCGGUAAUCCCGUCGGUGAGGAGAGCGACGUCGCUUUGGUAGCAGCGGAACAACCGUUAUCCUUGUUCGAUGUCGACGCGCAACAAGGACAUGAGAACGAAGGCGAUCGUUUGGCGCGGCAAUUUGGCUAUGGUGGUUAUGGUCGUCGUGGUGGCUAUCGUGGUGGUUAUGGUGGUGGUUAUGGAUAUCGUCGUGGAUAUGGCGGUCGUCGUGGUGGCUAUGGUGGCAGAUAUUAUGGCUAAAAUUAAUAAAAACACGAAAAACCCAUAUAUAUAAUAUAUUAUUGAUCUGAAUUGUGAAACUGAAAAUGUGAUUUACCAUGCUGACGGAAUAAAAACUAAAGAAAUUAAGCAAAA